UUUAGCGGCGCAUCAAAAAGACCCUUCCGGGGAUGAAGUGGGUUUGUCGACGUCGCUUGUACCUUCAUCUCGCCCGCCUUGCUGACACCCUACACGAAUCCUAGCUGGCCCGAGCAGUCAGUAAUAGUGGGCCAUGCACGAAAAAAGAAUCCACCGCCUGUCAUCUCCAUGUCCUCGUGCCACUGGGGGAGAAAUACUCUCCCCCCGGCUACCAGUCCCGCGAGAUGCGGGUGGUCUCUUUCUUGGUCAUCUUCCAUGGCGACAGAGGCCUUCAGCCAGUCGAGAAGCCGUGAAUCAUUUAUUCUACGACGCAUGACUGGUUGAAGAUCAACCUCCGGACGCAGUUAGGGUUUGGCCGGACCCAUCGCAUUGUCACUCAGGCUCCGCUUAGCGAUAUAUCCCCUUGCCAAGGGUCGCCUGGACCUCUCAUCCCCAAUCAAUUGAUAGGGAUUUCGUGGGCCAGCCUCUUAUCUCCAGACCCGUCUGGGGUGCAUGGCUUGGUUAUACCUACACCCUCAGUCAGAUAAGGCGAGGCCGGGCGAUGCUAGCAUAUUGAAUCUCGCUCUGGGGAUCGGGACGAGACGAGAGAGAAAAAACACAUAAAUGCCAGGGCAACGACACCAAGGGACCGCCUUCGCUCAACCCCUAUCCAGCUUCCAGUUCGUCUUGAAGUCCUUUGUCCUUUUUGCUGGCCUCUCCCAGUCUAUCACACCUUCUACGAACGACAGUGCUACCGCCCUUGUCUUCACAGCCCACCAUGUCGGAGAAGGUGGACACCGUCACGACCAAGGCUGAGCCUACAGCGCCCUCCAAGCCCUCAUCGAAACAGGAGAGCAUCCAAGAGGCCGAGGAGACGGUCAUCCCGGAAGGCGUCGACAUUGCCCUGGGAUGGUUCGAAGAGAUGAGAACCAUCCCUCGGGAAGAACUCGAGGCUGAAAGCGCCGCGGUCCGGCGCAGGUGUGACAUGAUUCUCAUGCCUGUCAUCUGUAUGACCUAUGCUCUGCAGUUCUUGGACAAUUCCGUGCUUGGAUACGCCUACGCCUAUCAGUUGUUGCCUGAUACCCAUAUGACUCCUGGAGACUACAACUGGCUGGCCAGUAUCUACUACUUUGGGUAUCUAUUCUGGGCCUAUCCAUCUACAUUGCUCCUUCAGAAACUGCCGGUUGCAACCUAUACCACGAUUUUGAUCUUCACCUGGGGCGUCUUGACCUUCAUGUGCUGUGUGGCCAACUCGUUCGCCGGGUUUGCCGUUCUGCGGUUCUUGUUGGGCUGCCUUGAAGUCGGCAUCACCCCCACCAUGAUGAUCAUCACAUCUUCCUUCUACAAGCGAGAGGAAACUCCGGUUCGAAACAGUUUCUGGCAGUCCUCCUUUGGGAGUGGCGUCGUGCUUCUCUCCAUCGCCUCCUACGGCCUCGGCAACAGCCACAGCUCCAUUGCCAAUUGGAAACUGGUCUUCCUGUUUGUCGGCGCUCUCACCACCGCCUGGGCGGCUGUUUUCUGGUUCCUCGUCCCCAACACGCCGACCGAGUGUCGCUGGCUCACGCGGCGUCAAAAGCUAGUCGUCAUCCACCGGAUCUCGACCAACAAGAUCGGCAUCCAAGACAAGAAACUCAAGCCGUACCAGAUCAAGGAGGCAUUGACCGACCCAAAACUCUGGCUUCUGACUGCUUUCCAGAUCACCAAUGGCAUUUGCAACUCCAGCGUUUCGGCCUUUGCAUCACCUCUGAUUGAAGGAUUCGGAUUCGACGACCUCCACACCGUCCUGCUGCAAAUGCCAACGGGGGCAUUUGUUGCCGUCAUCGAACCGCUGCUCGGAUACUUGGCCACCAAGAUCCCAAACACCAUCAUCUGGAUCUCGAUCGCCGCCAACAUUCCUAAUGUCGCGGGUCUGUUUGGAAUCCGGUUCAUCGACCGCACCCCGGGCAACAAAUGGUCGCUCCUAGGAUGUACAUGGCUGCAAUUCAUCUUUGGAGUCACCAACCUGUUCAGCUGGACGUUGACCGCGUCCAAUUUCGCCGGACAUACCAAGCGUUCCUUUGUCAAUGCCGUCAUCUUUGCCGCCUUUGGCGUCGGAAACUUGAUCGGUCCACACAUCUUCUUCCCCAAGGAGGCUCCUAUCUACGAGUCGGCUAUCACGGGGUUGCUGGUCUGUUUUGGUUUGAGCAUCUCAUUCAACCUCGUCUUGCGGUUCUACAUGUCCAGAGAGAACAAGAAACGUGAUGCCGCUUUGGCUCGUGGAGAAAUCCAAGAGGUUGAUGGCGAGUUGGAAGGGUUUCAUGACAAGACGGAUCGUGAGAACCCGGCUUUCCGGUAUGUUUUGUAGGGCCUUCAAAGGGACAGAGAAACAGAUAGGAACGGGUUGCUGGUGCUGGAUGAUACUACAGUAACUUCAAUGUUGGUUUUCGUCACGACAGGGCGAGUGGGAUAUUUUUUCUCUAAGGGCGGCUCGCUCAAAGCACACGAGGUCGAGGGGCUGAGUGCAGCUUCCGUGAUUUGCAAAGAAAGUUCCAUGUAGCAGGAGCGCAAAUCCAUGAUGAGAUUGAAAUCGGAAGCUUGGUCUUUUUACCCGAUCAAACGAGCCAAGUUCAACUUGAAGUUUGCAUUGCACUGCAAUUGCACUACACUGCACGGUGAGCUGUGCUCGUUUCCUGCCCCGGGUAGAUUUGGCACAUAGUUGCCCUCGGCAUCUGGGACGCUUGAUUGAAGUCAUCAUCAUCUCCCGGGUGCAUAUGGAACUGUGUCGGCAAGGGGCCAGGGCGUCACCACUCACUCGCGUGGACCUGCACUGCAUCAACGUGUAUCUAUCUCGACCGUUGGAGAGGAGCGGUCCGGGCGUCCGGCAGGUACAGUAGUCGUAAUCUUGUGAUAUGAUAACACUGUCCUUCAAGCCUGAGGCUGGAAUCAAAAAUGC